GAUCUCAGUCAUUGCCUACGUUAGAACAAGAUAACAAGGGAAGUUCACACAAGCUAGAACAUGUGGAUUCUUCUGCUCGGAUUUGCGGUUGUGUUAAGUGUAAUUCAGUAUCUAAGUUACUCUAGAAAGAAUGAUAUUGCUGCAACCGUACCACGUGUGAAACCAAGUUAUCCUUUAUUCGGAAGUGCCAAUCUCUUUCUCGGAAAAAGCAGUGUGAAAAAAUUUUGGAAUAUGCGUAACUUGUGCAACAACAAGGAACCGCUUUUCCGGUUUUGGAUGGGCUCUGAAAUGAUCCUCGGAACUAGUCAUCCUGAUAUAGCACAGCAGAUUCUCACCGAUCCGGUGUGGUUAGACAAACCGUUUUUGUACGACUUUUUCGACGUGAAUUACGGCUUGUUUGGUGCGAAACAUAAGUUGUGGAAGAGUCAACGAAAGGCACUAAAUCCGUCGUUUAACAUGAAAAUACUGCAGGGUUUUAUUCCCAUAUUCUCCGAUGGUUCCAAAAAAUUAGUGAAUCGGUUGGCUGGGUUUCCCGAAGGAGCGACCGUGAACAUGAUGGACAAUGUUGGCAGAUUUGCGCUAGAGAUGGUGCUUGAAACCACGUUGGGAUUGAAUAUUAGUGCGGUAGAUGAGGCGGAUGCUUUAGUGCAGAAAAUCGAACGGUACUUUUUAUUAUCUUCUAAGCGACUUUUAAAUGUGUUUCACUAUGCGGAUAAAAUUUAUCAUUGGACUUCCGCUUACCGUGCCAAACAUCAUUUGCGUCAAUAUUUAGACCAAAUUGUUGGUAAGAUUGUCAAUGAGGUUGCGGUUCGUUAUGAAGGGACGUACCAGCAGAGCACCGAGCCUGAAAACGAGAUUAAAAGACCGCAGAUAUUUGUAGAUGAAAUUUAUACGAACAAGUGGAAGCAGUUUACCGACGUGGAAAUAUUGGAUAACGUUUACACUAUCUUGGGUGCUGGAACUGACACAUCAGCGCUUACAAUUUGUUACGCGUGCCUAAUGUUGGCGUUCUAUCCGGAAUGGCAGCAAAAACUCUACGACGAAACAAUGCAAAACUUUCCCGAAGAUGAACCUGAUUUUACACUGAAUUCAAUAAAACAGUUGGAAUAUCUGGAGAUGUUUCUGAAAGAAACACUCCGCUUAUAUCCAGUUGCUGCGAUGGUGGCACGACAAAGCACUGAGGGUACUUUAGUCGGGGGUCAUAAGAUUCCUGCCGGCAGUAUAUUGGCAGUGCAUGUUUAUAAUCUACAACGUGAUCCCGACUUUUGGGGACCGAAUGCGACCGAUUUUGAUCCUGAACGCUUCUCGGCUAAACGAUCGCAGGAUAGGCAUCCCUUUGCGUUUGUGGCCUUCAGUGGUGGUUCCAGAAAUUGUCUCGGUUCACGAUAUGCUAUGAUAAGCAUGAAGAUAAUAAUGGUAUAUUUAUUGAAGAAUUUUCGGUUCAGAACAAAGCUGCAGAAAGCCGAUAUGCGAUUCCAGUUUGACGCUUUAUUACGCCUCGACAAAGGGUUUUUGAUGCAGCUUGAAAAGCGAAAAAUUGAUGCCUAAUAAAAUCUGUUUUGGAACUCUUGUAGUCUAGUCUAGUCUACACUAACACAGCCAGUACUUGGAAGGAUCCUAGAAAAUGAUAUCUAUCAUUUUUGAAAAAAUGAUUUCCAUACAUUUUUCUUUUGUAGUCUCAUGAUUUACCAUGUAAUGUUUAAUGUA